AUGGGCGCAAGUGCAUCCCGCCUGACAAAGGCUGCCGGAGAGGUCGCUGCUGUGGCCGAGAGCCGGGCUGGAGAGGCCCGCGCCGCCGCCCGCGCCGCCGAGUCAGCCGCCCGUGCCGCCAAAGACGCCGCCGCCAUUGCCGCCCAGAACGCUGCUGGCAAGGACGCCGAGGACGAUCUGGAUCGCCCGAGCAGAGAGGCGACCGAUGAUGCCGCGCUGCUGGCCAACAUGGCAGCGUUGGAGGUGGAGGCUUACGUGGACACAAGCGUCAACGCCCAUCGCCAUACGCCCGAGGCCGUGGCCAAGCGCCAGGCGGAGGCUGCAAAGGGCGGACGCCCGCUGCCGCAGUCGCGCCAGGCCUCGCCAUCGCCUGGCGAGCUGUGGGGCGGAGUCCGUGGCAACGCCGUCACCCCGGGCUUCCUCAACGAGAACCAGCUCCGUGCCCUCCUCUCCGAGGACCUCGCCGCCGCCGACAUCGAUGCCCUUGCCACAAGCUACCGCCUCAACGCAGACUCGCUCGCCGCGGUCAUCAAGCACCACGCCCUCUACGAGCCCAUCCCCGACGAGGACGGCACCCUCCGCGGCUACUGGGUCGUCCCGCCGCUCUCCCCCAAGCAGCAGCUACUCCUCGACGAGGAUGCACUGACCAACAUCAUGGCUCCACAGGCGAGGGCCGUUGACGACGGCGACGUGGUCAUGGUCGUCCGGACUGCUGGCGGAGUCGGCCGGGCGGUGCGGAGCUCCCAGGUUCUAACAUCGUCGUCGCUGGCGCAUGAUUCGGGCGAUGCGGCUGCUGCCCAGCGAAAGGAGGCGGCGCGGAACGAGGAAAAUGGCGACGUGAUGCUUGAUGAUGCGGUUGUCACCGGUCCGGCCCUCCCCAAGCCCAGAUCGACGCUCGGGAGGCACGUGACCGAGUCGCUGAUGACCCUCACUAUCGAGGUUUUCGAUCGCCAUCCCGUCACCGGAGUCGAGGCGCUCUUCAUCUCGCGCAAGCUGCAAGAGGUCGACCCCUUGUGGACCGUCAAUCAGCUGGCAGAUGUCAUCAACGAGUCCAUCCUCCACUCGGACCCUACCAAGACGCCCGAACAGGGAUGGGCUGACGACGGCCUCGGCCGUGCAGAGAAUGUUGCCAAGCACCUCGACAUCGACUUUGUCGCAAAGUACCUACAGGGCCCGCGGACACUCAAGUUUUACUCCAUCAAGACCCGCUCACGCUUGCACUACAAGAUGCGCCGCCGUGCUGUCAAGUUCCACAUCUUUGGCUCCUUACGCACCGUCCUCAUCGAUGAGUCGUGGCGCGUCUACCGCAUCGUCAAGGAAAUCGGCUCCGUCCUCGGCCUCCGCGCCCCUGACGAGUACUCGCUCAAGGUCGAGGACGACCCGCACCACCCCGAAAAGCACUGGCUUCGCGGCGCGCAGACCCUGCCGGAGCAGCGCAUUCCGCUCGAUGUCACCUGGGACUCGGCCGGCGAAGAGGUGCCGCCGCCAGUCCUCCACUUUAAGAAGAAGCUCUUCUUCAAGCACACGCCCAACUUUGAUCCAACCAACCCCGAGGCCAUGUUCAUCUACUACCAGCAGUGUACAGCCAUGGUCCUCUCGUGCGAGCUCUACACCUCGCGAACCGAGGCUGUCCUCUUUGCUGCCCUCCAGCUCCUCAUCCGCGACUCGGGCUACAACCCGCAGUUGCACGACCUCCCGGGCUUUGUCAAGCGCUGGUCUGACUGCUGCCCCGCCCACGUCAUCCCAUCCAAGGCCAAGGCCAAGAGCCGGCUAGAAGACGCGGUCCGCUCUACCAUGCACCGAUUCAAGGCCUACUCGCGCGAGCAACUCAUCGUCAAGUACGUUAAGCUCUGCCGCGCAUCCAAGUUCUUCGGCUGGGCCAACUGGCCCAUCAAAGAGCAGGUCCGCUCCGGCCGCAAGUAUCGCUUUGUUGCCCGUGUCCUCUCCAUCUCGGGCAAGGGCGUGCGCUUGCUUGAUCCGGCCAAGCACAACGACGUCGUCGUCAGUCAUCCAUGGACAGAGGUCGUCGCUGUCGGCGGCAUCACCAUCAACCGCGGCUUUGGCCUCAUGUUUGACUUUUCCCGCGGCAACGCUCUCCGCAUCCAGGUCCAGAUGGAGGACCAGACCGCGCUCACCGAGGCCUCGCAGUAUGUUGCAGACUACAUGCGCAUGAUGGUCCUCCUCGAGCGCAACAAGAAGAAGCGCCUGGCUCAGGCCCGUGACGAUGUUUGGGGCCCGCUUGCGGUCGGCUUCCAGAUGCCUCCAGCUCACCAGCGCUCCGGCCGCAUCCCGGCCUGCUCUGCGGGCGCAAAGUCGGUCGUCGCCUCGAUGCAGCUCGCCAUGCUCGACGACGAGGCGCCGGCCUCCGCUGGCGGUGCCAUUGUCCCUGACAUUCCUAAGCAAAACGUGCCCAUCGUCGACCACGAGACCGAUGAGACUGCCGCCGUCGGCGCCGUCUCUACCGUUGCCUCGACUCUCAACAAGUCGGCCGCCGCAAGCAGGGAUCUCCACACUACCGUCAUUAUGGACGACGACGACAUCGCAACCAAGACGACCCAUGACAAGUCGUGGGAUGUCAUUGCCCUCGACUCGGACGACGACAACGAGAUAUCCAAGCUCCUUGCUCAGGCCGAUGCCCAAGACAACGUUGCCGUCCUCUCGGCCUCGCUCGCCGUCUCGACCAACGAGCUCCUCCAUGCGUCGGCGCUCGACGACCCGCUUAUGAUCGACCCGUCUGCCCUACUCGCCGCAGCCCAAGGCCUGGCCGACAUGCUCGCCUCGCUGACCGAGGCCACUGCCACAGCAGCCGGUGUUGCCGCCUCCCCCGAGACCGCGCACGCCCUCGCUGAGGCCCACAAGUCGGUCCAGUCCUCAACCGCAGGCCUGGUUGCGGCCGCCACUGAUGUUGCGGCUGCCGCCGUGGACCACCACGCCAAACUCGCCACCUGCAAGUCGGAUGAUCCCAAGGAAGAUCUCAUGGCCCUGUACGAGAUCACCGACUCGGACUCAGGCUCGGACUCAGACUCGAACGACUCGGAGGAUGGUACUCAGGAGGGGAACGCGACUGCCGCAGGCGCGAGCGACGGUCUCCGCUCUCGCGAAGCCAAGCUCAAGGCUGCCACCGCCAUCGACAUCUCCAGCCUCAUGGCCGCCGCAUCCCAGGUCGGCAGCUCGGUCUCGGGCCUGCUGGCCACCUCGGGCGUCGCUACCUCGACCGAGCGCCAAGUUGAACGCCUCGGUCGCAUGGCAGAAGCCGUCACCGAGGCUGCGCUCGACCUCACCGACGCCUGCAUCAACUUUUUCCCGGAUGAGCUGCCGCUCACCGAGGCCGCCAUUCUCGAGCGCCGCCUCUGCUCGCUCGGCCGUUUGGUGCCGGACGUCCACAACUCGCUGCUGGUCAAGGGUGCCCAGUUGCUGGAAAUGAUGCGCAUUGCAACUGGAGCCAUCCCGGCUCACUAUGCUGCCAAGUUUGAGCUCGGCCUCACCGCCUAUGAGGCCAUGGCCACCCUCUACACCACCCUCGAGCACAUCAACGACCGACCUGACUUCCACGAUGACUACGCGCGCGUUUUGCAAGAGCUCCGCUACCACCUCAAUUUGCUCAAGGAUCGUACUGUUGCCCAAGACGCCACCCGCCUUGACAUGUACGUCACCUACAUUGGCGAGCUCGCUACCGAGCUCGGUACCAUCAUCGAGACUGAGGCCGAGGCCUGUGACGUUAAUGGCUCAUGGGCCGCCCUCGAGGCCGAGGCUGGCGACUUUGCUCGUGCCGUCCUCGCCCUUCAGGACAUCGCUGCGAGCGUGGGCGAGAACCCCGACACCUCCGGCAUUGCACGCCUCAAGACCGAGACCUGUGAUGUGCUCGACGCGCUCGACUCGAUCCACGUCUCACGGGCGCACUUGUUUGUGAUUGAGGACGUUCUCGACGCAUCUGCACUGGUCCUCGGCCACAUGCGUAGUGUUCUUGACGCCGCCACCGAUCUGCCGCUUCUCGCCUCUGAUGAUGGCGAGCGGAUGCUGUUCGAGGCCAACCGUGCCAUCGACCGCCUCUCGACCACCAUGCGCAUUUACUCGGUCAAUCCGAGCAAUGUCAGGCACCAGGACAUAGCCAUGCAGGCUGCGCGCAAGGCCGUCCGCAAAUUUGGUGCACUCCUCGAUGGCAUCCUCGUUCCGCUCGGCGCCGCCAUCGCCGAGGGCUCCAAGCUCUCAGCAUCCGACGACGGAGCGCUUCUUGCUGCCGAAGUUGCCCACGGCUCACUCGCCCAGCUCAAAGAGGCGCUCUCCGUCGCCGCCAUCGACUGCUGGCCGCUUGAUGUCAACUCUGCUAUCCAGGUCAUCCACAACGAGAUCCAGGCCAUCAACGCCGCGCUAGACAAGGUCGCCGAUCCGAGCGUCGGGCUCAACCCUGCCCCCGGUGACCAUCAUUCGGAGUUUGAGUGGCAGGCCGAGCUGCUCCGCUCGGUCCGCUCCAUCCCCAAGGAGGUUACCGACAUUCGCGACACCGCCAUGACGCUGACUCCGGCCGAGUUUGCGCUCGACUGCAAAGACGUCGCCGCCGAGGUCACCAUCCUCGCUGAGGCCUCCAUCGGCAUGGCCUCGUAUUCGACCACCCGUCAGGCACAGUACUCGCUACUCACCGCCGCCCGUGCCUUUUGCACCGACGCCAUCGAGCUCAUCGAGUGCGCCCAGACCGUUGUCCGCGAAGGCAAUGACCCGUACGGGUCCGAAACUGCAGUGGCUGCUGCGCUCGCCCUUGUCCUUUCCGCCCUCGACGAGCUCAUGCUCUGCAUUCCAGGCAUUGGCGACACUCGCCGCCUCGUCCGCAAGCUGGAGGGCGAGGCAACUGAAGUCUCUUCCCAGAUCCGCCUGGCGUCGCAGCCCAAGGUGGCCCAGUUUGGCGACCUCGCUUCGGCGGCGUCGGACCUCGCCUCGGCACUCGCCGCGCUGGCGGACAUUCCGGCAGCAGCUCCGUCACCGCUCACCGGCCUUCAGGCGAGCACGUCCUCGUCGGGCCGCCGCGGAUCAAUCAUGGCCACAUCGGGACUGGCUGCACUGGCGGGCGAGUCGAGCACGUCUGUCCAAAAGGCCGACACCUCGCCGCUGGCCAUGAUGGAGCAGGAAGUGUCUGCCGCUGGCCGAACACUCGCGGCGUUGGUCUCAUCGCUCGACCGCGCGGCGCUGGCCUCACCGUCGGCGCUGGCCCACGCUGUCUCCCGAGUCAGUGCCAUGGCCGACGUUAUCUACCGCGCCGCCGCGGCAUCGGUCGCCACUCCUGAGCUCGCCGACAGCGCUCAGUCCAUCAAUGCUCCACUGCUCUCGCUGCUGCAGUCGACGCUCGUCGCGCUUCGCGACGCUGCUGACAUUGCUGUCGAUCCGACCGACGAUGAAGCUCGCGCUCGCUUCCGGCAGAACGACGUUGCUGGCUCCAUCGCCACCCUUCACAUGACGUACAAGGAGCUAGCGGCACCGAAUCCAGAGGCGCAGUCGAAGGAGCUCGACAAGGCGCGGACCAUGAUUGACGGCGCCUUGGCAAAGCUGGCUUCCUACAAGGACGAUUGUUCUGGCGGCAACGAGCUAGCUUCUGUCGACGACAGCGAACAGGACGUUCCUGUGGCCCAGGCCGCGCUGGAGCUGCAGGAUCGAGUGCUGGCUUCGACUGCCGAGCUUCAAACGGCGUCACAGGCUCUGGCCAAUGUGGCCGAGGUCUCGCCUGAUGACUACGCCUCGGCCGUCUCGCGUGUCGGCCUCCUCACCACCAAGACCAUCAACUGUGUGCUGGCCACGGCGCAGCAUCUCAAAAGCAGCGUGGCAGCCAAGGCGGCAGCCAGCGCGGCAAAGCAUGCUGUCAUCUUUGGUGCCAAAGUGGUGGAGAAGGACGUGGCGCUGGUGGCCCAGGCGUUGUCUGGGCUCUCGGGCGUCGACCCGCACAAGGGCGCGCUACUCACCCGCGAGACCCAGCACCUGACCGCGGCGACACAUGAUUUGCUCAUCCACAACAAGCGCGUCUUACGCAAGCUCCCUCUUCAGGACAAAGCCAAGCGACAGCGGGUCCAGCGAUGGGGAGCUUCGCUCAAGGCCGCCGAGCGUGCAGUGCGGCGGGCGUCCAAGGUGCUGCGGCUCUCUCCAGACUCGGACCGGGCCAACGAGGCGCUCAACGUGCGGGUCGCCGAGUUUUCGGCCGCGCUCGCCGACUAUGUCGAGUACAUGGGUGUUCUCGAGCUGGCCGAGUACGACCACGCUGCGGCGGUGGUCGCCAACAUCAAAGAUGCGCUCAUCGACGAGACCAUCGAGGUCGCGAACCUGCAGACCUCGCUGCUGGUCACGUCGCAGCUGGUAGUGGCCAACCCGACCCACGCAGCCGCGCACCGCAACAUGACUGCAGCGCUCGGUGAGUCGGUGCGGGCGCUUCAAUCGCUGCACGAGACGGCCGCGCUUGUCUCGCCGGGCCAGAAGGAGUGCGUCUUUGCGAUCGAUCACGUCGAAAAGUGCGCCCAGCACAUGCAGCGGUUCCUGGCGCAGUUUGCCCGCGACGCGCUCCCACCGUCAACGACCUCGAACUAUGGCAAGUGCCUCGACCGCCUGCUGGCCCACCUCAACGUGCUCGAGGCCGCGGCAUCCGAGCUGGCCACACAGGCGACGAGCUCGGCAGAGGGUCUCGGUGCCGCGGCGCUGCACUUUGCCGAGCUCGCGGAUCCGCUGCGGGUCCUGUCCCUCGACGCUGCAGUAACGUGCGGCUCGGCCGAGCUCGGCCUUCGGAUUUUGCGCGAAGCGCGCGACAUCCCACUGCAGGCGGUGCCGUUUGUCAAGGCCUGCCAGACAUGCCGUGGAGGCGCGGUGCCGGCUGACGUGGCCGACGAAGCCACACCAGCGGCACUGCUUCACCUGUUCCAGGUCGAAAUUCAUGAGCUGCGGGAGGUGCUGGAAGCCGAUCGCGCCGAGCGGCACUCGCUGGCCACACUGCGGGCGUUGGUGGAAGCGUCGAAUGCCAAGCUGGCAGCCGCUGCUACCACCAGGCAUGAUGGCGAGCGGCCACGUGGACCGCGACUGACAUACGGCAAGUACGUGGCCCGGAUCAAGGCCGCCUUUGCAGACUUUCUUGUGGUCAUCAAGAAACUGGUGACCAUGGCAAACGCGCACGCCAAGCGCGAUGCGGUGCUCGAGGACGAGGAGUUGGCUGUGUUUGGAGUCCACGCAGCGGCCCUGGGCAAGGUCUUCCCACCCAUUGUGGAUGAGGUCGCGGGUUGCAUUGCCGUGACCAGCGACAAGAAGCUCCAGGACGUGUUGGCUCAGGCCGGCGCAGAUGUUGGCACCCAGCUCCUCGCCUUUGUUGAUGAACUGAUGGCGCUGCAGGCCCGCGACGUCGAGGCAAGUGCAGUUGUGAGCGCCUCUUCGGGAGUUUCAAUUGCACUGGCACGCUUGCUCCAAACCGUUGGCCGCGGUGAGACCCCGAAGCGGGUGUUUGAGUCAGCCUGUUCCGAGAUGGCGGCGGCGACGAGCUCGCUGCGAACAGCAACCUACAUCCUCAACGCGGUCGAUCAAGACGAAGUCGGUGAGGCCGAGAGCCUCGAGAGCGGAGACCGCGGCGGUGCCGACGAGCAGCCGGCAACGUUUGGUGAGUGCAUGGUCGAGGUGGCUGCGCGACUCCGCGAGUCGCGAGGCCAGGUGGCGACAGCGCUUGCAGCCAACAAGAUCGACGACGAGAGCGCGGCUGUGGUGGCGCGCGAGGUUGCACGCCGCCACGAGGCGACCAUGGCCACGCUCAGCUUUUCGCUAUUGCUCCUUACCUCGGUCGCUGAGCGCAAUCGGGUGGCCGAGGUGGGAACUGACGCGGCGAAGGCGCUUGAAAUGGCGCUGCAGCUAUUGGGGAGCAAGAACCACGCUGCGGGCGCGAGCAAGGCGCUGGCGGCGGUCGACAAGGCAUUGGGAGCAGUGGAAAAGGCGGCGGACGAGUGCGGACACGCCGAGGCUCAGGCCCGCGACGAAGUGGUGGCGAUGGCAGCCGAAGUGGCCGCAAUCCGAAGCGAUGCCGUCAAGCUGGCAAGCGGGUACGCGAGUGGCAGCUCUCAGGUCUAUCUUGUGCAGGUGGUCGACGCGCUCAAGUUUGGGCGGCAUCUGGUGCAGAAGCUGCUGUACGAGUCGGAAGCGCUUGUCUGCAAGCCACUCAAGCUUGUGGGCGAGGUCCGCAGAGUCGUUCGCAACUACGCCGAGACGGUGACCACGCUUGGCGAGGCGCAGUGCUGGCUAGCGUCUGACGAGCACGCGACGGCUGUUGCUGAUGCCUUGACUGUGCUGGGUGGGGCGGUGGAGGGAGUAGUCGGCAAGGUGUUUGACGGUGACGAGGUGCGGUCGCGGAUGGCGACAGCGCAUGCGACAUCGGCAACGCUGGCGAUGCGGGCGCUGACGACCACCCAGUAUGGACCAGUGCGGCUUGCGGCCGACGAGGCGAUCGCAGCCGCCGCCGCAGUUUCCAAGCGAGCCAGCAUGGCUGGCGGCGAGAGCGGUCUCGCCGGCGGAGACUCGGACGCAGUCUUUGCGGCUGAGUUACAGGCGCUCGUCGAUGAGAUGGAAAAGGGCAAAGUGGUCCUUGCCAAGAUCCACCUUGCUGGUGACGGCGGGACUGAGGUUGAUGUGGAGCGGGAGAACUUCAAGUCGAUUGCGCUGCGGUGCUGUGGUGAGAUGGCCGAUGCAUGUGUGACGCUCGCGCGGGUGGUGGUUAUUGCGUUGGAGGAGACGAUGCCGUCCGACGAAGAGCGCGAGGAGCUACUCAUUGCGCUUUAUGCGGUGAGCGCGGCAGUGACCCAAAUGACCACAGCCAUGGUGCUGUUUAGCGAGGGCGCACCGGCCAAGGCGCUCAGCAGGGCGGUUUCGGUUGUGUCCGAGGCGGUGAUGUCGUUGGUGGCCGACGCGCUCCGUGAGCGGACCCAGUCUGCAGCCGCAGGCUCGGUCCGCAAGGCGGCAUCAAUGGUGGGCUCGGCGUGUGCCACGCUCUUGCAGGCAGUCGAGGUCUACACCACGCCGGCGAGCAAGAUGGUGCGGGAGGAUGUCAGCAACGCAAGCGGAGGCGCCAGCGGCGGUCUCGCACUCGCCGGCGCCACCUCGGCCGAGGCCGCAAACGUCUCGGAGAUGAUCCGCCGCAAGGCCGAAAUCGAGCGGCUCCAGCGUGAUAUCCAGACGCUGAAAGAGAACAAGGUGCGGCGGCGGGCUGCCGCAGCCGGAGCGCGAUGAG